GGACCGCUUGAAAGUGGGGGAAAGUGCCGGCGCCUCUGCCACCGGGGAAAGGCGCUUGGCAGUGCAGAGGCCAGCAGCCACCGGAGACACCUGCGGGAGCCCCGAACACAUGCCGGGGCACGCGACCCGUGGCAUGAGGUUGUGAAUGCCGCCACCUUCCAUCCCACUCCGGGCAGCCCAGCUCCGGGCCAGAGAUCCUCCGAGGACUUGACCGGCUGAGUCUUGGUCUGGACCCGACUCGCCCCGUGGCGGCCGCGGCCAAGACAAGAGGCGGAGAGCAGCGGCAGAGCCAGGAGGCUGAAGGGCCAGGGGCCCAGAGGGAGACGAGGCGGCUGGGGCCGCUGGGGCGCGCGGCUAUGAUGGUGCACUGUGCCGGCUGCGAGCGGCCCAUCCUCGACCGCUUUCUGCUGAACGUGCUGGACCGCGCAUGGCACAUCAAAUGUGUCCAGUGUUGCGAGUGCAAAACCAACCUCUCAGAGAAGUGCUUCUCGCGCGAGGGCAAGCUCUACUGCAAAAAUGACUUCUUCAGACGCUUCGGCACCAAGUGCGCCGGCUGUGCACAAGGCAUCUCGCCCAGUGACCUGGUUCGCAAAGCCCGGAGCAAAGUCUUCCACCUCAACUGUUUCACCUGCAUGGUGUGCAACAAGCAGCUGUCCACCGGGGAGGAGCUGUACGUCAUCGACGAAAACAAGUUUGUGUGCAAGGAGGACUACCUCAGCUCCUCCAGCCUUAAGGAAGGCAGUCUCAACUCAGUGUCAUCCUGUACGGACCGCAGUUUGUCCCCGGACCUCCAGGACCCAUUGCAGGACGACCCCAAGGAGACGGACAACUCCACCUCCUCGGACAAGGAGACAGCCAACAAUGAGAACGAGGAGCAGAAUUCCGGCACCAAGCGGCGGGGCCCGCGCACCACCAUCAAAGCCAAGCAGCUGGAGACGCUCAAGGCUGCCUUUGCCGCCACGCCCAAGCCCACGCGCCACAUCCGGGAGCAGCUGGCGCAGGAGACUGGCCUCAAUAUGCGGGUUAUUCAGGUGUGGUUUCAGAACCGACGGUCCAAAGAGCGCCGCAUGAAGCAGCUGAGCGCGCUGGGCGCACGGAGACACGCCUUCUUCCGGAGUCCGCGGCGCAUGCGUCCGCUGGGCGGCCGCUUGGACGAGUCUGAGAUGUUGGGGUCCACCCCGUACACCUACUACGGAGACUACCAGGGCGACUACUACGCGCCGGGAGGCAACUACGACUUCUUCGCUGCGCACGGGCCGCCCUCGCAGGCGCAGUCCCCGGCCGACUCCAGCUUCCUGGCCGCCUCGGGGCCCGGCUCGACGCCGCUGGGCGCCCUGGAGCCGCCGCUGGCCGGGCCACACGCCGCCGAGAACCCGCGCUUUACCGACAUGAUCUCGCACCCCGACACGCCGAGCCCCGAGCCCCUGCCCGGCGCGCUGCACCCCAUGCCCGGUGAGGUGUUCGGCGGCGGCCCCAGCCCGCCCUUCCCCAUGAGCGGCUCCGGCGCCUACAGCGGGGCCUUGUCGCACCCCAACCCCGAGCUCAACGAGGCGGCCGUGUGGUAAGGCCGGGGCCGGGCGCCCCCUGCGGCCUCCGAAACCAAAACUCCCGACGCGGACUCGGCUGGGGGCGGGGGACGCCCUCAGGGGUCCUCUCUCGGGUCCGCACCCAACCGGCAGCUCCUCCUCGGCUGGGCGCCCGGGGGUGGGGGGGGCGCAACUCCCAUCUCCAGCGCGCGCUCUCCCCGGCAGCCGUGAGCAAUUUCUUGGGACCAAAGUCGAUAUUCUGGAGGGUCCAGAGAUGCCAAGCGCCCCGCCCCCCACCCACUACCACAUCUUGGGACUAAGGGUCGAGGCGAAGGGCUGGAAAAAAUGCUUUUCCCCCCUCUGCGAUCUGAGUGGUAUUUUGUAACCUUAUUUCUCGCUCUGCUUUCCCCAUCUUUUAAAAAAAUGAUUAAAAAAUAGAUUGGAAGGAAGAGAUGAGGAAAGCAUCGGCCAGAAAGCGAAGAUGGAGAGGGAAUUGGGGGAAAGGGAUCCACCUUCGAGUUGGCGCCCCCUGGUGGCUGAUCUUGAGGCUCAAGGUCAGCUUAUCUGGAAGCAAGGCUGCCCGGACGCGGCCAGUCCAGGCCGGCUUCUCCCUCUUGGACAUUUACUUUUGAGCCCAGGGUCCGGGCCUGACUCGAACACUUGCCCACCCUGUUCUGCCCCUGGGCGAGGCGCCCUCUCUGCCCGGGAGCCUGGAGGCUGGGCCGUCAGGGUGUACAAUAUUAUACUUUUUUGGAAGUUGAACGCUUCUAGUUUCCUUAUUUUGUAUAAAGAAGAAAACAAAUAAAGUAUGUUUUUGUGUUUACUGUUUAUUUAUUGUACUCUAGUUAUCUGGGGCUGGACAUUUUUAUAUUUUUAAGAGGCAGGUGGGCAGAGUGCGGGAGGGGAGGCAGAAAGAGGUUUACCUACAAAAAACAAAACAAAAAACAAAAAAAUCAACUUUUUUAAAAAGAAAGAUUAAUAAAAAAAUUCUUUUUUCCCUCAGCACUGUGUGGUUUUCUUUUUUUGUCCCUAUGUUGAUAGAGUGAAUGAAAUCAGUCUUUUCUCUGCUUCGGUCUCUGAGACCUAACAGACACGAGGGUCUGGGCCCCUUUCCUCCUGUAAGGGGGGCUCCUUCCGCUAAUGGCCGGCUUUUUGACAGUUUCUAUGAGCUGGGCACACUAUCAACUCAUGCUGUAGUAGAACACAAGCCUUUCGGGCACGUGGGAGG